AGCCUUUAGAGCUAAUUAGCUCAGCAAACAACAAAAGAUAAGUGAGCCUGGGAGGAGGGGCCCCUGAGGGAUCUUUAGAUUCUGGGAAAUGUCUGAUUGGCAGAUGUUAAAAGGGAUUCUUUGGUAAUCCUGUGCAUCAAUGAGCUGCACAAAUUCAGUCCAGGACUGCAAGAAUUCAGGCAUGAGGACCCUAUGCAGCAAGCGCGCACAGGCAGACCCAAGAUGGACAGAACCUUGGAGUCCCUGAGACAUAUCAUUGCCCAAGUCUUGCCUCACAGAGACCCAGCUCUAGUCUUCAAAGACUUGAAUGUUGUAUCAAUGUUACAAGAAUUUUGGGAAAGCAAGCAGCAGCAGAGAGCAGCAUUCCCAGGUGAAGGAGUGGUGGUGUAUGAAUCACUGCCUUCUCCAGGACCUCCCUUUGUGAGUUAUGUGACCCUCCCUGGGGGAAGCUGUUUUGGGAACUUUCAGUGCUGCUUAAGUAGAGCUGAGGCCAGACGUGAUGCAGCUAAAGUGGCUCUAAUCAACUCCCUCUUCAAUGAGCUGCCCUCCCGCAGGAUCACCAAGGAAUUCAUUAUGGAGAGUGUACAGGAAGCCGUUGCCUCCACCAGCGGCACUUUAGAUGACGCUGAUGACCCCAGUACGAGCAUUGGAGCUUAUCACUACAUGUUGGAGUCUAACAUGGGGAAGACCAUGCUGGAAUUCCAGGAACUGAUGACCAUUUUCCAAUUAUUGCACUGGAAUGGAAGUCUAAAAGCUCUUCGUGAAACUAAGUGUUCCCGACAGGAAGUCAUCUCCUACUAUUCCCAGUAUUCUCUUGAUGAAAAGAUGCGCAGCCAUAUGGCCCUGGACUGGAUCAUGAAAGAGCGGGAGUCACCAGGAAUCCUCUCUCAAGAGCUGCGACUGGCCCUGAGAGAGCUGGAGGAAGCCAGGAAAGCAGGACAAGAAUUACGGUUCUACAAAGAAAAGAAAGAAAUCCUGAGCUUGGCCCUGAUGCAGAUCUACAGCAAUGCUGACACUUCCUCCCCUGGUGAGGACCAGCUGAGCUUCAGCGCCCUUAGUGGCUACCAUUAGGAAAAGGAGGACCCAGCCGCCCCAGAGGGCAGUGCAAGCCGGACUCUGUGGUUAGGACUUUUUCCAAUGAAAAAGUCAUUGGAAGCUCUAAUGUCUGUAGUUACCACCCAAGGGCGAACUAACUCUUCCCACCAUUCCAUUUAUAGAGAGUAGCAGGACCCCCACUGGACCCAGCAUCCACUCAUGCAAUUUAUCCAUCUUACUCUCAAUAAUUCCACCUCAGUCUGAAAGAAUGGAAAAAGGAUGGUUUGAAAGAACUUUCUCAGACGUGGCUCCAUUCUAAAGGUUGACAAGUGCUUCAUAGAUGUUGCAAAGGAAGGGCCAGAGUAGCAUGAUGGCAUUAAAAAAACAUACUUGGGAUUGAAUAAACAAUAUAGAUGUUUUAAAAACUAUACAAGGAUUAGAGUUUCUUUUGAAGCUUUGUAAACUGAGAGAUAGAUUACAUCACUAGGUGUGAUCCUAAAUUGUAGUUGGGAUUGUAUUUGGAUACCUCACUAUCAAAGAUCUUGAAAUGAUAUAGUAUGAAAAU